AAUUCAGCCAGUCGGUUUUUAGAUCUCGUUGUGGUAGGGUAUAUAGUGUGUGGUGUCUGGAAUUUUUUUAUUGAAUAGACCACUGUGCGUAGUUUUCCACCCAUCGGAUUUUUUAUUGUGUUUGCCGUUCCUGCUCUGCUGCCCGCACGCUUCUUCUGCCCAGCUGCCCGCGUGCUUUUCCUGCCCAGCUGCCCGCGUGCUUUUCCUGCCCAGCUGCCCACGUGCUUUUUCUGUCCAGCUGCCCGCGUGCUUUUCCUGUCCAGCUGCCCGCGUGCUUUUCCUGUCCAGCUGCCCGCGUGCUUUUCCUGUCCAGCUGCCCACGAGCUGAUCCUGCCCAGCUGGCUGCUCGCUGAUCCUGCCCAGUUGUCCACGUGCUGUUCCUGCUCAGCUGCCCGCACGCUUUUCCUGUCCAGCUUCCCGCGUGCUGUUCCUACCCAGCUGCCCACGCUGUUCCUGCUGAAGCGCCCUUGGUGAAAUGGAUUCGCAAAUUGGCUUAACCGGAAAAUUUUUUAUUGUCGAUUUAAUUGAUGGAAACAAUCAUCGCCAUGUUACUGUUGUGCCAGACAUUUGGAUCUUCCAGGCUGAUGACAAUUCUUCAAAAUGUUGGUAUCCUAAAAUUUCUGGGCACAUUUCAUCAAAGAAACGUGAAGUACCAAAACCAUGUUGGUAUGUUUAUCCUUGUAUCGUCAGAAAGGAAUAUGAUUCAUAUGAAUCUGCUCGUUCACAGGAACACAUUGCUUCAAUUCAAUCAGACAUUAAUACUGAGGGUGAAGAUGAUGCCAGUCAACCUAACACGUCAUUGGGAAAAGGAAAGAGACACAAGAGGCCGAAUAAAAGAUUCUUGCCUUCAAGUGAUGAUGAAAGCGUUGGUGUAUAUGGACCCACCCAGCCAGAAACAAUUGUGAUUCCAACAAUUCCAGUUAGCUUAUUAAGGAAUUCUGUUGAUGGUGGUGUUCCUGCUGUGCGCCCAACAGCACCACUUGCAGUUCAGCGGAGAUGCAAUAAUUCUGUUGAUGACCCUGGUGUAUCUGGGCCCACUCAUACAGAAGCAAUUGUGAUUCCAAUGGUUCCAGUUAGCCUAUUAAGGAAUUCUGUUGGUGGUGUUCCUGCUGCACUGCCAAUGACACCUUUUGAAGUUCAGCAAAGUUGCAGUAACUCUUUUGAGGAAGUCUCGCAGCAUAUGAGAGGGGAAAUUACUGUUAAUUCUACGGAUGACAAUUCACCAGUUUCCUACAACAACUUGUAUUCACAAGAAAUGCCCUAUUCCGGCACGAUUGGAAAUCAGCGGAUGAGUGUUGCGGUACCGAAUCAAUCAAACAUCUUGAGCGAAGUAGAAAUGCCCAACGGUAGUACGCGUAAUGUUUUUUUGGGAAAUCAGAGGAAUCAAUCAAACACCUUGACUGACGGUUCUGUAGCAUUGAUUGGGAAGUUGGUAAGAGAAGUCCUUAAACUACAGGAAUUUAUUUCAAACAUGAUGGCGAAACUCGUCGUUAUGGAAUCAAAGAUGGAAAGCCAUCGACAGCCAGUAGCAGAAACACUAGCUAAUCCAGAGUUUCUUCUAGAACCUCUGCAAGAAAUGGAAGAAAUACAAGCUUUGGAGGAAUCUUUACGUGACCCGGAUCUUUAUUUUCAGUUGGUUGGGAUGAUUCGUUCCUUGGGAGGAGCAUCCAUUAGAGAUGCCUUGAAACGUGCCUGGUAUAGGGUUUUCUCCAUAAAGGUGAUGGCUUCCGUUAAUUGGGAGGGUAAGAUAAAAAAGGGAUCACUUCAAAAGCAGGGUCUAAAGCAGUCCAUUGUUACCAAAGCCGUGUUUGAUGGUGUGCGAACGACAUCCCGCAAAUCCAAUAACUUCGAAUUGGAAACAGAAACAAAGAAGAUAAUGAAAGGAAUGCCAGAGAAGUAUCGAAAACGAUGUGCGACUGAAAAGUUGAUAUCGAAUGAAUAUGAAACUGACAGCACCUUAAACCGUCCUGGCACUUCCGCGGACAGUGAGUAGAGUAUGUUAAAGAGCUCUUGAACGACAGUGAGAGAGAAUCAACUCCCAUUGGUCGGCAACAAUUGAGAAUUACCGUAUAAUUUAAGAAUUCAACCUGGAGUACUCGGAGAAACCCUCCAAUUUUAAAGUGUUAAUCAAGAUUAACAAAGAGGGACAAUUUCAGUCUCAAUCAAGACACUUUGCAAUAAAGCUCAACCUGGAUGGAAUAAUCUUGAAGAGACGAGUGCCGAUUUAAGCAAUUAGUUUCGCGUUUCGUCCAUCAACUAAGGAUCCGACUGCAGCCUAGAAAUUUAGAUGUUGUUUGUUUUCAAUCAUGUACUGUGUCAAGUUCUUAAUCAAUAAAAAUCAUUUAAAACA